GGUACCUGGGGAUGCUUCUGGGGCAGUGCCUUUCUGCGCAUGACUUCGAUUCCAGCCACACGGACAAGUCGAAUUUCCCGAGAAUAGAAUGGCUUUUGACCGUCAUGCUUGGAGUCCAAUAUUGUCACUCUCCACGAUGCCAUCUCUGCUGUAGUUCCAUGAGGCUGUGCUGUUGAAGACAGCCAUUUACUCUUCACGCAACACCUUGGCGCUCGUAUUGACAAUGUAAAGAGAAAGGGAAUGAAUGUUCAUGACGUUGAUAUCCAGAAAAGAGGGCGCCUAAUGUGUAUAAAGCAAAAGAGUAGGUCUCGAUCAUUCUUAACAUCCGCCAUCACACCAGACAAUUCUACUUCAAGACAUCACAAUUUAGCCAUCCAGAUUAAACUUCUUUCUACUUCAUCAUGUUGACAAAGCGCCUUGCCUACUGUCUUUCUCUGCUGCCGCUUCUCAGUGGACAGUCAGCAGCCGCCCCCGCGCCCCCUAAGUGCACCCUAUCCACUACCGAGACGUGGGAAGUACCCAAGCCUUUGGGCGGCGGUCCCCGCCAAGAGCAAGCUGUUGUAGCUCUCGGCGACAACAUCUACGUCCUCGCCGGCAUCGAGCCUGACGCAAGCCAACCGACCGGAGUCUCCACAAUCGACUCCGUGGAGGUGUACAACGUCCCCAAAGACGAGUGGUCCUUCGCCGCGCCACUCCCGAUCCCCAUGAACCACGCCAAUGCCGCCGCGGCCAACGGCAAAGUUUACAUCCUCGGCGAGCUCUCUGGCGGCGCUGAGUUUCGCGCGACUCCGAACUGCUACGAGUAUGAUCCAGCCACCAAUGCGUGGACUGAGCUCCCGCCCAUGCCCAAUGGCGCGGAGAGAGGCAGCUCCAUCCUUAGCGUCACUGGCAAUAGGAUUAUUGUUGCCGGCGGAAUCAGUCUGCUCGAGCUCGGAGAAGACGGGCUCCAGGAGACUGUCGAUACUGUCUCAUCUUACAACUUUAUCACGAAGGAAUGGGAGUCGUUGCCUAGUUUGCCUGAAGGCCGCGAGCACGCCGGAGGCGGCGUCAUCGGGAACAACUUUUACCUUGUCGGAGGCCGGUUCCGCAGCCAGACGGCGGUCCGCGAUACAGUCUACGUCCUCGAUCUCAAGACGUUGAAGUGGAGCGAGCGCGCGCGCAUGCCCACCCCGCGAGGCGGCGUCUCAGUAGCUGUUGUCCGGCAAAGAAUUUACACCUUUGGAGGCGAAGGAAACCUGGAUCCGGAGGCUGGUUUUGUGUUUAACGAGACGGAGCCGAUGAAUACGCCUCACCACGGCAUGGCGGCUGUUGCAUACAAUGGGAGUGUGUACACGCCUGGUGGUGGCAUUCGCGACUUUGGUAUCGUUGAUAAUAUGGAGGUUCUCCACCCUAACCUACUCAGCUGCAUUCGCAUCGAGAUGGGAUGUAACGAUAUAUGGAUUGACAUCAGGCGCUUGAGGCUUUGCUGGGCUUUAUUGUUUGCAUACGACAUUCAACGAACAUGGAAGCUUGGCAGUACAGCUCCAUCAAAGAGACUGGAAAACUCCCUUUCUCUCAACGAAAAAGCAACCCCACCAGACGCAUCCUCCCUCCCUCUUGAUCAUGUUCUCAUCGAAGUCAUCUCAGCGGGAAUUAACCCCGUCGAAUACAAGCUGCCCGAGAUCCCAGUCUUUGGCAAAUUCAUGAUCCAGUCCAACACGAGCCCCGGCUCAGACUUUUGCGGCCGAAUCCGUUCCAAAAAUGGCGCAGACGGAUUCUCAGAGGGACAAAUUGUCCUCGGAGCCCUAAGCAUCGGCACCAAACUCCCGCAAUUUGGUAGUCUCGGCCAACUCCUUAUCGCUCCCUCCUCCAAUAUUGCACCACUUCCGAUGGGCGUUAGCCCGACGAUGCAGCAGCGAUCGGAACGGCUGGUCUUUAUCAACGGCGGAAGCGGUGGCGUGGGUUCCUUCACUAUUCAAUUCGCAGAGGCCGCCGGGGCCUACGUGGUGGCGUCUUGUUCCACCGCAAAGGUCGAUCUUUGCAAGCGUCUCGGGGCAGAUGAAGUCAUUGACUACCGAAAACUCAACGUUGUUACAGAACUCAAAAGGAAGGGGUGCGUUUUCGAUAUUGCUGUAGACAACGUCGGUAGCCCAGAGGCCCUGUACGAGUGCUGUUCGUAUUUCCUCAAGUCUAAGGGGGUGUUUGUGCAGGUUGGCAUGUCGAAGUCCAUGGGGGGUAUGCUGAGGAGGAGCUUGCUGCCAGGCUUUUUCGGCGGUGGAAAGAGAAAGUUCCACUCCGUGAGGGUUAAGCCCAGUCGAGAAGAUCUUGAACAGAUCGGCAAGUUGAUAGUGGAGGGGAAGGCGCGUGUGUUGAUUGAUGAGAAGUUUGAGUGGCGAGAUGCGCCAAAAGUGUAUGCAAAGCUUAGGGAAAGACGGACUACGGGGAAGAUCAUCGUUCAUGUUAGCAAAGCUUGUAAACAAAAGUUAUUGUCCUUUCAUGCUCAAGUACUAUUCAUUGGGCAACUAUCAAAAGCUCACAGCCCAAAUAAUCUCGCAAUUACACUGGAGCCGGGGAAUUCAGAGAAAUUUUUCGGCUAA